UUCUCUCUCGCUUUAUUUGAAAUUGUUCAAAAGACCACAAAAAAAAACAUAUCACUUUAAUCAAAGGUCACAAGGAUUGAGCACAACUUAGUGCAGACUUCACCUGGAAAUCUUUUCAGAACACUGUACUUAAGUUGAAAUCAUGAGCAACAUUUAUAUUCAAGAGCCACAGACGACCGGCAAAGUACUGCUGAAGACAACAGUUGGCGACAUUGAUAUCGAAUUAUGGGCCAGGGAGUGCCCCAAGACAUGUCGGAACUUUGUGCAGCUAUGUCUAGAAAAAUACUAUAACAAUACAGUCUUCCACCGAGUGGUCAAGGGAUUUAUAGUGCAAGGUGGUGAUCCGAAUGGCGAUGGUACGGGCGGUGAAUCCAUCUACGGCCAGCCUUUUAAAGAUGAAUUCCACUCCCGACUGCGCUACACCAGGCGCGGGCUGGUGGGAAUGGCAAACAGCAAAACCGAUGACAAUGCAUCCCAAUUCUUCUUCACAUUUGCGGCCACGCCGGAACUGCAAAAUAAAAAUACACUUUUUGGCAAGGUUACCGGUGAUACAAUUUACAAUAUGCUGAAGCUGGAGGAAGGCUUAGUGGAUCACCAGGAGCGGCCAAUGCACACACAUCGCAUAAUUAGUACGCAAGUGCUAAGCAAUCCCUUUGAUGACAUUGUGCCGCGAGAGCUGGCUAAACCUAUGAAGAAAACUAAAAAGAAAGAAAAAAAGGGUGUCAAAAACUUCGGACUGUUAUCCUUUGGUGAAGAAGCGGAAGGCGAUGAGCAGGAAACAACUCAAUUUGUUAAACAAAAUGCUGGCAAAGCGAAAUCCCUGCAUGAUGCAGGUGAUGAUCCAAAUCUAAGCAAAGAACCUAUCAGUGUACCUACUAGAGAAAAAGUUGAGGGUGAAGAGAAUUUGUCAGAGGACUGUAGUGACGAUGAGGCUCCGGCUACUAUCUCCAAAACAGCUUCGAGUGCCUCGGAACUGAUAAAAAUGAAACUUGCUGCAGGUUCAAGUCGGUCGGGGGGUCGAGAAAAACGUUUAGCCCCACCACCAGCAGAAUCUAAAGAUUUGGAUGAGGAUUUGGAGGAAUUAGAUGACGUUUUAAUGACACGGGAAAAGGAGAAAUCACUAAAAAUCUCACAGGAAAAGUCCAAAAUCCGUGAAGAAAUCGCCUCUCUAAAGAAGCAAUAUCAAAUGGAUAAAGCAACGAAAGAAAAGCUACUCUCAAAUGAUAAAGAGGAUGAUAAAAAAUCAAACAAAAAUCCCAUAAAAGAAACCGGCGAUAAUCAUUAUAUCGAUGAGUUUCUAGAAUCCAAAGAAAAAUAUUCAGCGAAAACAAAACAGCUCAAAGGACAAGCUAGGGAGGAGUUUACGCUGCAAUUACUGUCCAAGUUCCGAUCCAAGUUGGACACACUUAAGCAAACGCCCAGCACUCCAACUAAUCAGGCGGAAGAGGAGCAACCAGAGGAUGCUGUAGUGGAAAAAGAAAUUCGCGGCGAUGAAUGGCUGGUGCACACCUUAAAUUUCAAUACUGCUGUGCCAGUAUUAGCGAAGGAUGCGUCUACCAAAGGUGAUAACUGGUAUGGUGAUGAUGUUUACGAUCCGCGCAAUCCGUUAAAUAAACGAAAAAGAGCAGGGAAUACGAACACUUCAAAUAAAUUCAAACGUAGUACUUGAUUUUAUUGUCAUGACUAUAAAAAAUAAAAGCUAUUAUGUCUCUAAUAACA